UGUGAUGGGUUUCGUGGAUGUGCCAUGUGGAGAUCAGCACAGGUGUCUUGCACUUGCACAUGGAUUUGGCAAUCUCAAAGCUUUGAGAUUUGAGAAAUUAAAAUGGUCUUGCCCUUUUCAAGAAUCAAGAGUCUCAGUAGCUGAUGCAACAGCUUGGUCUCAGUGAAAACAGAAGACCAGGUUAAUUUAUUAGGAACACUGUGAGUGAGAGGGGAAAAAAAGCUCCCUGUUAGAGAAAAUUAUAUAUAUAUAAAACACUUAUUUAUUUCUGUCUCCAACCAGAUACUUGGAUUCUUCCUUGAUGGCUAGCUCGUUCCAGGUGUGCUAAACUAUUCCUCUGUAUCCAAUCUCCUCUCCUGUAAUUGUACUAGUUUAUCUUUCUUUAAUAUGUAAGCACUAAGCAGCUACUUGUACCAGCAGUUCUGCUUCUUCUUGUGUUGCAUUACAAGAAAUAUUAGACCCCAGAAGUGUUUUCUUUUCUUUUCUUCAAUCUUCUACACAGAUCUACUCCAUAUUAUCCAAUCCAACAUUCAAGCUACUUUUGAUCCCUGGAAAUGGGAAAUACUCCUGAGAGUCAAAUCAGUUCGCAGUAUUUCUUCAAACCUUCACUGCUUUGUGUUUCAGUCCUUGUCGCUUCUCUUGUUUUCACUUGUUUCCUCCUUUUUGGGAUCUCUACUUACCUUAUCACAAUAUCUGUUUUGUUUCUGUCAACCAUUUUCAUCGUCACAUUCUCAAAGAAAAAGGUGGCUGUUGUUAGCAAUUCAGCAGAAGCUGAAAGUCCCACAUGUCGCCCUCAGAGCAUGCUUGAAAAGGAAGUUGUGGAGGAACUAAAUCCAGAAGUGGAACCUAUAAUUCAUUGCGAUGCUUCCCAGCAAAGUGAUGUUUGCGACAUGCAUGAGUAUCAAGUUGAACCAACGGAUUUCCCAUCAGACAGUGAUAGCAGUGAUGAUUUCUCUGCAAGUGAGAAUUUUGAGCUCAGUUGGAGGUGCUCAGAAAAUGUAGGUCAAAGUAUUGCAGUCUCUGAAAGCUCAAUCUCUGAAAAUGACGUUGAUGAGGAUGGUGAUGGUCUCAUUGAGAUUAGUCUUCCACUGAACAACUCUGUUGAUUUUGAUGAAGAGUCAAAGAAAAAGUCAGUUUCGAAUUUGCCUGAAUCCAUUUUCAGGCAACAGGGUCUUAUGGAGCUAUUUGCAGAGAUUGCUGAGGUGAAUGAAGAGGAAAACUUGAUAGAGAUUGACCUUUCCAUGGGAUCCAUCAAGUGUUCAAAGUUUGAGGUUGAAGCAUGAUCUAGCUAUUUUUCAAUUCAACAAGUUAACAUGGCGUAUGAGGAUGAUGUCAAGAGCUAGAAUAGAGACUUGUCUCAAGUUCCUUCUUAAUUGUGAUUUUGCGAUGCUCUGUAAACUUCAUGCAAUUCUACUAAAUUAGCUCAUCUUUCAUUCAA